CCGCAAUCGCCGACACAACUGACGUCCUGUCUGGCCCUCAAAUUUCGGUACCGAAACAACCGAAACGGCUCGUAGCAGAUGGAAACUCAAAAUGUGUACGCACAGGCAGCGCCUCAGUACUACGAUCGCAAUUGGAAUCCGUACCCAGAAAACGCAAGAAUUCAGCCUCCAUUUGCGUAUACUGCAGUCCGAUCGCAGAACCCAGAGGCAUGGCGCUCAGUUCCCUACUUGCAACCGCUCACAGGGGACACUCCUUCGACACGAAAUGAAAUGUGGGCUCAAAAUCCGGUCUCGCCGCGCACUGUCUCAACAAACAGUCCUCCGAGUUCGGAACAACAUCAAAGAGGCAUUCCUCCUCCCCGUACCAAACGGGCUCAAGUGAAAAACGCGUGUACCAACUGCCAACAAGCAUGCAAAAAAUGCUCCGACGCUCGGCCAUGCGAAAGAUGUCGAAGGUAUGGCCUUCCAGAUUGCGUCAACUCCACCAGAAAGCCGCGCGCUCGUGGUAUCAAACGUGGACCAUACAAAAGGCGAAUGGCUCCGCUAGUGCAAACCCAAAAUCCCUCAUACCUCGACCCCCGACCGCCUCCUGUUCCGGUGAUCCCCUCGCCUGUUCCCGUGCGCCCGAACGAACCCAAAUCCCGCCUGCUUCAGCAGGUGACCCUGGGUCAUCGAAGUCAAGCCUUCGACUUGACCCUGGAUGCCCUGCCGGCCUUGACCCCUCUCCGCGCUACGACUCCGGUACCUCAACACUUCGACCUCGGAAACCUGCCGUCCUCGAACGAGCUUCAAUCGUACGACUUCAGUCCAACGACACAAUCACCGAACGAUUUCGCUAUUCACGCGGAUCAACUCAGGCAGUCCCUGGAACAAGCGGGACUCGUCUCGUGUCCGGCCUCACCUCGCUUCGCGCAACAGUACACUCCCAUACAGACCCCCAUGGUGCCCUUCAUGGGGCAUGCGGCUACCGCUCCAAACAGUCCGACAGGCCUGAGAGCGUUCAUGGAAUUAGACUAG